AUGGGUUUCACUAAGACUACCUUGGAGCCUGGCAAUGGCGUUGAUUACGCCGUCAAGCGGUCUCAGAUCAAGAUGCACUACACCGGUUGCUUGUACGAUGCGUCCCAGCCUAACGGCAUGGGCAAGAAGUUCGACAGCUCCUACGACCGCCAUUCUGCCCUCGCUAGCCCCAUCGGUGUCGGUCGUCUCAUCAAGGGUUGGGAUGAGGGUGUCCCCGAGAUGACUCUCGGCGAGAAGGCCGUCCUGGAUAUCACUCCUGACUACGGUUACGGUGCCAAUGGUUACCCUCCCGUCAUCCCCCCUAACUCCCGCCUGGUCUUCGAGGUUUGGCUGGUCCAGGUCGGCACCAAGCUGGCCCCUGGUUACGAUGGACGCUAA